GUAAUUGACAUUUUUUUUAUUGUGUGUCAACCUUGUUUGUCUUGUCGCUCUGCUUCCCUUCGCUUGUACUUGUGCUCUCAUCUCGCAGCCUCUAAAUGACUUUCGCUGCGCAAAUAAGCUUGAUAUUUACUCGGCGGUUGUGGCGUUUGUCCAGCGUUCCCACCGUAAGCUUCCACUUCACCAAGACGUCCAUGAUGGGUGUAACCCAGGAAGACUUUGAGAAGGCCAAGAGCAAACUUUCCUCGUUGAAGAAAGAUCCUGGAAAUGAUGUCAAGCUCAAGAUCUAUGCUCUUUUCAAACAGGCAACACACGGUCCCUGUGACACCCCCAAACCGGGAAUGUUGGACUUCAUCAACAAGGCCAAGUGGGACUCGUGGAAGUCUUUGGGAUCCAUCACCCAGGAGUCGGCCCGGCAGGAGUACUGCGACCUGAUUGGCUCCCUGGUGGCGGCAGAAGGUGGAAGCGCCGCCCAAGCGCCCGCCCAGUCAGCCACCAAUGGGCGCACGUACGACUCCCUGUUGGUCAGUACGCAAGAUGACAUCACCACCAUCACGCUCAACCGGCCCGCCAAGAAGAACGCCAUCACCACUCAGAUGUAUGAGGAGAUCAUUGAAGCUCUGCAGCAAGCAGCCCAAGACAGCUCGGUGGUCACGGUCUUUACCGGCGCAGGGGACUUCUACUGCAGUGGCAAUGACCUGAGCAACUUCACCAAGAUUCCUGAGGGAGGAUUGGAGCAGAUGGCCAAAGCUGGCGGGGAGCUGCUCAGGAAAUACGUGAGGGCGUUCAUCGACUUCCCCAAGCCGCUGGUAGCGGUGGUGAACGGACCGGCCGUGGGAAUCUCCGUCACUGUCAUGGGAAUGUUUGACCUGGUCUACGCUACGGAGAGUGCCACCUUCCACACGCCUUUCAGCCAACUGGGUCAGAGUCCAGAAGGCUGCUCGUCUUACACCUUUCCUCGCAUCAUGGGCAACAGCAAGGCCAACGAGAUGCUGCUUUUUAACAAGAAGCUGACGGCGUUCCAAGCGUGCCAACUGGGUCUGGUCACAGAAGUCUUUCCUGACAGCAGCUUCCACACGGAAGUUUGGAGCCGACUGAAGAACUACGCCAAGCUACCUCCAAACUCUCUGGCGCUUUCCAAGCAGCUGAUUCGCUCGAUGGAGAAAGAGCGCCUCCACGCCGUCAAUGACGCCGAGGUGGAGCGCCUGACAGAGCGAUGGACGUCAGAGGAGUGCUUCAACGCCGUCAUGAGCUUCUUUCAGGCCAAAUCUAAGCUCUGAACCACUGCAGCAAGCGUCGCCGUGGCUAUGUCUGAGCCACCGUAGGAAACUUCACCGUGGCGACUUGCAGCGGACAUUCCGUCGAACGUGAAGAAUCAAGUGCCUGGCCUUAAUUGCACAUGUGCUUGUCACUCAACUCUAUCAUGUGUGUCCAGUUGUUUGUUGUGGGGAAAAAAAAAAGUUGUUGAAGUGAUAAA